CUAUAAAUUUUUAUUAAACACAUUAACACAGAAGAAUUGAUUGCUUGAUUUGUGAUCUUUAAUUCUAUUGAUUUGAAAAGCUUACCAAUUCCAAUGAUCCGUCCUCACGGUACAACGAUUACUCAGUUACUGCUGCUCUCCUUGCUUUAUGUUUCUGUUGGCUUCUCCUCUGCUACUCCAACCUACGUUACAGAAUAUUGCGAAAACACAACCGCUAAUGAAUUCUUUCCAAAUAGCUCCUACCAACUAAAUCUCAAUCUCGUCCUCUCUUCUCUAACCUCUAAUGCUUCGGCCCGCAAUGGAUUUUCCAACGCUACCGCUGGUCAGUCUAACAAUACAGUUUACGGUCUCUUCCUCUGCAGAGGCGACGUCACCCACGACGUCUGCCGGAAUUGCGUCGAAACAGCGAGUCUGGAGAUCAUACGCAGAUGUCCCAACCGUAAAGUGGCGUAUAUAUGGUACGACGAGUGUAUGCUGCGAUAUUCCAACCUCUUCAUCUUCUCCACUAUAAACGAGGUGCCUGGGUUUUCGUUUUCUAAUUCACCAAACAUCUCGGACCCAGAUGGGUUUAGAGAGCUAUUGAUUCAGGUUGUCAACCGCCUUACAAACCGAGUAGCAUUUGAUCCUUCUGUGGGCAAGUUUACAACCGGAGAAUAUAACUUCACAAGCUCUCAAACGUUAUAUAGCCUUGCGCAGUGCACUCCAGACUUAUCUGCAAACGAUUGUAACAGAUGUCUUCGAGGUUCUAUUGCUCAAAUCCCGAUAUGCUGUGACGGGAAGCAAGGAGCAAUCAUUCUCAACCCUAGCUGUAGCUUGAGGUACGAUAUGUACCCUUUCUUUCGGGUUACAGCCGUUACAGAAGUCCCUUCAACGACGACGACAACCAAUACAUCUACCGGCAAGGGGAGGAAUAGAUCUCGAACUAUUGUUCUUAUCGUUAUUCCUUUAAUUUCAGUAUUGGUUCUCCUCUGUGCCAUCUUCGUUUCAUUCAGGAGAAAGAGAAAAAGGGCAAAAGCUGAGGAUGAGGUUCAGAUGGUUGAUUCCUUGCAAAUGGAUUUUGAUACAAUCAAAGCUUCAACAAACAACUUUGCCGAUGUUAACAAGCUUGGAGAAGGUGGAUUUGGUGUAGUUUAUAAGGGUAGGCUCUUGGAUGGACAAGAGAUCGCUGUGAAGAGACUGUCCAGAAAUUCUGGACAAGGUGAAAUGCAAUUCAAAAAUGAAGGGGCAUUAUUAGCAAAGCUUCAACACAGAAACCUUGUUCGGCUCUUAGGCUUCUGCCUGGAAGGAGAAGAAAAGUUGCUCAUCUAUGAGUUUGUUUACAAUAAAAGCCUUGACCAUUUUCUAUUUGAUCCAAUCAAACGUGCAGACUUGACUUGGGAAAAGCGUUACAGAAUUAUAGUAGGGGUUGCCCGAGGGCUUCUUUAUCUUCAUGAAGAUUCCCGACAUAGGAUUAUUCAUCGGGAUCUCAAAGCUAGCAAUAUUUUGCUUGAUGCGCAGAUGAACCCAAAAAUUGCAGACUUUGGCAUGGCAAGACUUUUUGUACCAGAUCAAAUUGAGGGGAAGACACGUAGAGUGGUCGGAACAUAUGGAUAUAUGCCGCCGGAAUAUGCAAUUCGUGGACAGUUUUCAGUUAAGUCGGAUGCUUUUAGUUUUGGUGUUCUUCUUCUUGAGAUUAUGACUGGUCAGAGGAACAAUGCUUUCUAUCAAACAGAGCAGGCAGAAUACCUCCUAACUCAUGCAUGGAGACGGUGGAAGGAUGGUGCAGCUUUAGAGUUGAUUGAUCCUACAUUACAUGAUCACUAUUCAAGGCAUGAAGUGUUGAAAUGCUUCCAAAUUGCGUUGCUCUGUGUUCAGGAAGAUGUUGCUGACAGACCCACCAUGUCUUCAGUUACUCUGAUGCUUGACAGCUACUCUGUUACACUUGCAUUACCUUCACCACCUCCAUUUUACAUUGGUAGUAGAACCAAGUCCGUAAUUCCUGCAAAGAAGAAUGAGUCGCAAGGGAGUGAAUCAGAUCAAUCUGCAAGUAAGGUGUCACCACAGUCUGUAGGUAUGUCGUUGACUGAAGUAUACCCGCGAUAGUGUAAGGAGAGAAGCUUAAAAGUCAGAAAAAGUGAAAUUUUAUGUAGUUUAGCUCAACCUGAACCAGAGACAGGUUAACUGGUUUUCUUUCAUGUUGAUUUCAACAGUCAUAUAGUUUACUCUAGUUCAAUUUUAUUUCUGCUUUCACUAAUAUCAAUAAACUCGCAAGGAACUAAUCUUGCACAUUUUCAGUUGCAGAAGAUCUCAUGUAAAUUUACCUUUAGAUUUUUUCCAGUGUUCCCACUUAAGGAGGAACUUUCUUUUAAAUAGAAAGAUACAAAGGAGACUCUGAAACUUCAUGCUA